UUUGUUGUUAGCUUGUCGUUGCACCGCUCGCUUGUUGUGGAGGGAAGCGGCUAGCUCAGUUAGCUCCCUUUAGCCCUGUGUGUGUUUGAAGGACAGUUUACUGUAGUUAUUUGUUCUUCCAGCAGUUCCCAUCAUGGCGUACCAGCUGUACAGAAACACCACUCUGGGAAACAGCCUGCAGGAGAGUCUGGACGAGCUUAUACAGACUCAGCAGAUUACUCCUCAGCUGGCUCUUCAGGUCCUCCUUCAGUUUGAUAAAGCAAUCAACACAGCGCUCGCCAGUCGAGUUCGCAACAGAGUCAACUUCAGGGGCUCUCUGAACACCUACAGGUUCUGUGACAAUGUGUGGACGUUUGUCCUGAAUGACGUGGAGUUCAGGGAGGUGACAGAUCUUGUGAAGGUCGACAAAGUCAAAAUUGUUGCCUGUGACGGAAAGAGCGAGUCAACCCAGAACAAAAGUGAUAAAUGACUCCAACGCUGCAGAGUGACAACUCUCUGUGUGUGUGUUGCUGUCAGAUGGAGCCACAGAUGGACCUGGACUGUACAUAUAAUUUAUUACAGCAGAGUCACAGCUGAGAAGUGUGUUUGUGUUUGAGAGUGUUGUCUGAGUGUGUGUGUGUGUGUGUGUGUGUGUGUGUGUGUGUGUGUGUGUGUGUGUGUGUGUCAGAGUGGACCAGUCACUGUACCUGCAGCAUUUUUUUUUAUUAUUAGCAGUUUACAGGAGGUUUGUGUUCAGUUUGCUGUUAUUAUUGAGCUGGAUGGUCAUUAAUAAAAACUUUAUUUAAAACACA